AUGACAGAAAUGUCACAAGUUUUGAUGGAGGAUGCUGUUGGCAUGCUGAGUGCAGGAAUGUCCACCAGAGUUGCUGCCCAUGAAUUGAAUGUUAAUUUCUUUACCAAAGAUUUAUGUUUGGCCAUAAACGCCACCAUCACUCCUUCACCUUUCACAGUUGCCCAGGAGGCUCAGAAUAUCACUCUUACCUGUACUGUGUCGCAGCGGCGCCGCAACACAGCGUUACCAGUAGUUAAGUGGGCCUUUCUACCAGCAAGCACGGAUCGACUAGAGGAUGAAAUCCUCAUUGCUCGCAUCAACAUGAGGAAAGCCCGUUUUUAUGGAAACUAUACAAAGAGUUUCCAGUGGACCAAGUUUAGGCUGACUGUUGUGAAGCAGGGUAAGAUCUUUGAGCUGCUCAUCUUGAAUGUGUCUGAGUGGGACCGGGGACUCUACCUGUGCCAAGUGCAGGAAUUGAAGAAGCGCCAGGAUCGCUGGAAGGCUUCAUCCAACUGCACUGCUGCUACUGAGCUUAGAGUGCAUACUCUACUGACCACCAAGGCCAAAGAAAACCUCUGGAGUUUGUUUGAAGAUGUGUACCUGUGUGCAGUGCUGAUCUGCUCAGUGGGGUUACUGUGCAUGUGCAUGUUCACUGUGACGAUGACCUGCCAGUUCAUACAGAGGAAGCAGAGGCUAAAAGAGAAAUACCACUUAGUGAAGAGCCCUCAGGACAGUUCAAGAGAGACAGUUACCAGUAUGAUCAGUGUCUCUCCAGUAGUUCCUAAGAAGGAGAGGAAAUACAGGAAGAGAAGGAACAAAAACCACCAGGAGAACAAACCACCAGAGAUACCAGCUAAAGUUCCCAUUGGAGACAAAACAAACAAACACAAACUUUUAAAACCUCAAUCACGGAAAGUUGUACUGCCAAGGAUAGUGGAGGAGAGCCUGAUGUAUGCAGAGCUGGAUCUGAUGAAGCCACUUCCAGAGACAAAGGCGUCACGUAAUUGGACUGUGUAUGCUCAGAUACAGUUUGUCGAACAGCAACUAUGA